GAGAGAGAGAGAGAGAGAGAGAGAGAGAGAGAGAGGAUGCCACAUCCCUGCUCUUGGUGAACAUUUACGCGCAAUCCAGCAGCCGAUCUCCAGCAGCCCCGCUCCGCCAUCAGGACUAAUAUCGCCGAGAAAACUUUUAAACUCCCCAUUUUGACACAGUCUGUCUACGUGCGUGUUUUGUUUGUUUUUGUUUUUGUUUUUUUCGCGGAGAGGAAAAAGCUCAACUUUGCCCAGCAGACACCAUCUGCGCGGCGGCGGCGAAGUUAUUCCGUCUUUUUCUGGUGCCAAUUAUAAAGGCCCUGCGUUGAAGCCUCCCCAGCCACCAGUGACCCUGUUAGCCAGCUUUAAUGUCAACUCUCUGGCUCCAAAGUGGAGGGAAUUACCCCACUUUUAGUCUCCAAUCAGGAAAAAAAGACGAGCAACACAGCAAAAUGCAGAGCUUGACUUCUUUUCAACACAUUCGCUCUGUUCAGAGUCUGACUGCUCUCGCUUUUUGGUGAAACACAGGGUGAGGACUGUGUGGAUAAAACCCUGAGGGUUUUGACAUUUCAGCUUUUUUGUCCCUUUUUCACAAAAAGAAGAAGAAGAAGAAGAAGGAAAAAAAAAAUAAAACACACUCCUCUUCUGGCCUCGGUGCGUUUUUGGAGGUGGCCCAAAUGAUGGGGUGGUGCUGCUCCGGCGUAUGCAGAGCCCUGGCUCUCCUGGCGAUCCUGCCUCCCCUGUGGGAGAGAGGCUGCUGGGGGCUGAUUCACGGCACCGGGGAUCUGGAGAAGUCCCCACGCUCUGAUCCAGACCCUUGGGAGGUCCUGCACCGGCAGAAACGCAGCUGGGUGUGGAACCAGUUCUUUGUAUUGGAGGAGUACACCGGGAACGAACCGCUCUACGUUGGCAAGCUGCACUCGGAUGUGGACAAAGGCGACGGGAAGGUGAAGUACGUGCUGUCGGGCGAGGGGGCGACCUCCAUUUUCACCAUCGACGAGAACACCGGAGACAUCCACGCCACGAAGCGCCUCGACCGAGAGGCGCAGGCUUACUACACCCUCCAGGCUCAAGCCGUGGACCGGAUCACCAAUCUGCCGGUCGAGCCCCGCUCUGAGUUUGUCGUCAAAGUCCAGGACAUCAACGACAACGAACCAAAGUUCAUCGAUGGGCCAUAUCUGGCCGGGGUUCCCGAGAUGUCUCCUUUAGGAACCAUGGUAGUGCAAGUGGCAGCCACAGAUGCAGAUGACCCGACGUACGGGAACAGCGCCAGGGUGGUCUACAGCAUCAUUCACGGACAGCCGUACUUCUCGGUCGAGCCAAAAACAGGCGUCAUCCGGACAGCUCUGUCCAACAUGGACCGGGAGACCAGGGACCAGUAUGUGCUGGUCAUCCAGGCCAAAGACAUGGUGGGCCAAAUGGGCGGCCUCUCCGGCACCACCUCCGUCACCGUCACGCUCACCGACGUGAACGACAACCCACCGCGCUUCACUCACAAGAGCUAUCAGUACACGGUGCUGGAGUCGCUGCCGGUGCAAUCUGUGGUGGCCAGGAUCAAGGCGGCAGAUGCCGAUAUAGGCUCCAACGCGGAGAUGGACUACAGGAUCAUGGACGGCGACGCGCCAGGCCAGUUCAACAUCACUACAGACGAGAACACGCAGGAGGGAAUGAUCAUCCUGCUGAAGCCCUUAGACUUCGAGACAAAGAGCAGCUUUUCUCUGAGAAUCGAAGCCACAAAUAGGAAUAUUGACUCCAACUUCUUGAGCUUGGGCUCAUUCAGUGACACCACAUCCGUCAAGGUGACGGUGGAAGACGUGAACGAGCCGCCCGUCUUUUCCAAAGCGCUCAGCGAGCUGGUCGUCUCGGAGGACGCCAAAGUGGGAACCUCCAUCGGGAGGGUUUCCGCUCACGACCCAGACACCUCCAACAACGCCAUCAGGUACUCCAUUGACAGGAACACGGACUUGGAGCGCUUCUUCAACGUGGACGCUCUGAGUGGGGUCAUCAGUACCGCCAAGCCUCUGGACCGAGAAGCCAACUCAGUCCAUAACCUCACCAUCUUCGCCAUCGAGAGCCAGGACCCGACUCAAAUCGGGCGCGGCGUCGCUCUCGUCACCGUCCAGGACAUCAACGAUAACGCUCCGGUUUUCGCCAUCGACUACGAAACACUCCUGUGUGAGAACGCCAUGCCGGGCCAGGUGAUUCAGACCAUCAGUGCGGUGGAUAAGGACGAACCCCUGCGCGGCCACCGCUUCUAUUUCGCCCUGGCCGCACCUGUUGCCGGAAACCCCAACUUCACUCUGCGGGAUAACAAAGACAACACGGCGUCCAUACUGACAAAGCGGGACGGCUUCAGGAGGCGGCAGCAGCCGGUGUAUCGGCUGCCCGUGCUGAUUGUGGACAGCGGAAGUCCCGCCCUCAGCAGCACCAACACGCUCCUGGUGCGCGUGUGCGACUGCGACUCGGACGGCGUGGCUCUGUCCUGUGGAGCCGUGGCUUACACGGCGACCGGCCUCAGCACCGGCGCCCUCCUGGCUAUUCUGGGCUGCAUCAUCACGCUCCUCGUGAUGGUUCUGCUCAUCGUGACGAUGCGGCGGCGGCGGAAGGAGCCUCUGAUCCUGGAGGAGGAGCGGGACAUCAGGGAGAACAUCGUCCGCUACGACGACGAGGGCGGGGGCGAGGAGGACACGGAGGCCUUCGACAUGGUGACCCUCCGCAACCUCAACGUCAUCAGGGACCCCAGCGUGCGGCGGGACGUCACGCCGGACACCCCCACCUUCUUCCAUUACCCCUCCGCCUCCCGCCCGCCCUACAAGUCCCUCCCAGACAACGUGGUGUUUCGAGAGUUCAUUUGGGACCGGCUGAAGGACGCCGACGUAGACCCGUCGGCGCCGCCGUACGACUCGCUGCAGACGUACGCCUUCGAAGGCAGCGGCUCCGUGGCCGAGUCGCUGAGCUCGCUGGAGUCGCUAAGUACAGACUCGGAUCAGAAUUAUGACUAUCUCAGCAACUGGGGGCCGCGCUUCAAAAAGCUGGCCGACCUGUACGGCAACAGCGAUGGAACCGGCGUCUUCUCGUAGCCCUGAACCGUCUCGCGCAACAUUUCUCGGACUUUGGGGGGAAAAAAAAAAAAAAAAAGGAAAAAAAAGAGUAAUUUAUUGUCAGAGAAAAUGAUUUUGUCUGCCUUAGCGCAUUGGAGGAAAAGAUUCAAAGACAACACAAGAGAUUGAAAGAAAAACACUUUAAACUUCAAAGGUUUGCGGUUUGUUUACCUCCCUGUGUGGAUUUUCAACAGCGCGCCAUGGUGAGUUUGGACACACACUUCAAAAGUGGCUUGACCGAGGAGGAAACCUUCUGUGCAAAAGACAUUAAAGGUUUCAGAUUUUAGGCUUGAGUCCAACCAUUGACUGCAGAAUGCAUACAUGUUGGAGCCUUUUUUAAGGGGAGACACCUGUCCUUUCAUUCCAGCGAUGGGCACAAGCCCAGCACUCUUGCUUUGAUGCAUUCCUGUGCUAUCUUUGUGCUAUGAAAGAAAAAAAAAAAAACAAAAAAAACCCAUAAAAGUUUCUCAUGAAAUGCUGUGUCCCUGGCGGCUAAUCAGUACUCACUUGACUGUUCAUAAGAAAUUUGACAGCAAUUUCUAUCUUUUUUUUUUUUUUUUUUUUUUCUGUUUCCUUUUCAGGGGUGGGAGUGCAGCGGGG